UUUAGCGCGCGCUUAUAUUCGAGUCUUCCGAUCUUCUUCUCCUUUCUCCUUCGUCGCCAAGGAGUAAGAAAUUAUGGCCGGUACCACUUCCGCCGCCAUACUGCUUAUUUUGGCUUCGGUCUUCGUCGCUUCAGGCGCCGCCGACGUGGAAGCAAUCUCCGGAAGUAACGUGGAAAAUCGUCAAGUAGUAAAUGCCACUCCUGGAGUGCUGAUUGACUCGGUUCUAUCUAAAGAAAUUGUGCGUUGUGCUCGUGUCAAUGUUUCUGGUCUAUCAAGACUGAAACUUGGGAGUUAUUCUAGUGCCCACAGGAUCACUUUGGUCCCAUCAGAUAACAUACACGAGAGAUCCCACAAGAAAAUUCAAAUAUGUUUACACAGAAAUGCUUCACUUGGAUUGUGCAAAUGUGAGAAUGAUAACUGGGAUGGUAUCCAUAGUGGCAUAUGGAGCACUGCAAUUUCCCCAUAUGAAGAUGGAUUCAUUGAUGUGAAGUUUGUUGACAACUUGUUUGGUUCAGUUACCGUCAGCACCGAAUUAGAGUUCCAUAAAUGGCGGUUAAUUUGUCUGGCUAUUGGUUUCGUUUUAUUGCUGCUUGCACCAAUUGUUAGUAGCUGGGUUCCAUUUUACUACAGCAGCUCAAUGGCCAUUGGAGUUUGUCUUGUUGUCAUAAUCGUUCUCUUCCAGGGAAGGAAAUUGUUGCCAAUUGGUAAAAAUGUUUUCUAUAAGACCAUUUGUGGUUUGGCACUUGGAGCAGGGACCUUUUUGCUGAACAGAUUGUCUAUAUUUGUCAAUGCCUUUCUUUUCCACAUUGGCAUCAAUCAAGAGAUGCACAACGCUGUGCUUGUAUUUUUGCUAGUUGGAUUUGUACUGGCUGGGGCUGCAUUUGGCUAUUGGCUUGUUGGGAAAUUUGUUGUUGCUGAUGAUGGAAGUGUGGAUGUUGGCGUAGCCCAAUUUGUGAAAUGGGCUCUACGUGUAGUAGCUGUGACUUUCAUUUUCCAGAGCUCACUUGAUAUUCCAAUGGUAAUGGGACUGCUGAUGUCACUUUUGGGGUGUUACUUUUGCUUCACUUACUUUAACUGGCAUGGCUUCAGUGAUUCAACAUUUUCACCAAACUGGAGUCCUCCAAGAAGAAGAGGUGUAAGAUUAAGACAGACUAGACGUGCUGAAUUCCUGAGAAGGUCUGGAACCACAACUCCUCGAGGAAGUUUAUGGAAAAGUUACAAGGGUUCACCAACAUAUACGUUUUCUCCUGUGAAAGAUGUUGCAACUCCAUCCAGUUCAGUUGACUACUACUCAACUUUCCACAAGACGCCCAACAAAAAGAAAUAUUCCCAGGAAGAAUGGAAGGAUUUCACAGAGCGAACCACACGGCAGGCUGUAGCAGAGUUGGCAUCAUCUCCCGAAUUCACUGAUUGGGUUGUGGAAAAUGCAGAUAGAAUACAUCUCCGGUCAACAGAGAGCAGCUCAGAUGAAUCUGUUGGAAGCGGGUCAGAUUCGACUGAGGACUAUAUUGCAACGAGCAGCACUGUCAGAGGCGGUUUAUCAUGGCGGCGCCAGUGGUAGAUGGAGCAUCAUCGACUGUACCUGCAGGGCUUUUUUUCACAUUCUUUUACUACCUCAACCUCAAGUUUAUGUAUAUGGUAGAGAUUGUCAUAUUGAGGGUAAUCUAACGUAGCAGAAAAUACUAUCAGCACAGAUGUAUUUUUAAAAUAUGCAGUAGAAAAAGUAGGUCAUUAAUUUGUAAUAACAUUUUCAUCAUUUUUGUUAAUUAAAUGACUGUUGAACUUUCCAUCUCAA